GGACGGUUGGUAAUUUACCCUAGCAGCGGUAAUUUCUGGUGAGAUAAUUUAUUCUGGCCAAUAAAGCCAUAAAUACUGUGACGAUUUUCUGCGUACCUGGGACUUUUGUCCAAUUCUGACUACCAUUGGCGCCCUGGGUAUUACGUACUGCUGUGUAUUGCGUACUGAGUAUAUAUAAAAGGGCGCCUGAGCGUUAGCAUUCAGUAUCGGAGCUGCUCUCAAGGUUGGACUUAGGAAAGAAACGAGGGCGAAUAUCACUGACUACAAACCACGCAUUAACGCUUGAAUCCGACUCGUUUAUAUAGCAGCGGAGAUUUGCACGAAAAUGACUAGGUUACUUCUGAUCGUGGUCCUUCUCUCGGCCAUCUGUGUCGAGUUGUAUUCGGCGGGCACCGUACGAAGAAUCAGCGACGUACGAGCCUUACACGCACGCCAGCGACGACAGGCGUCGAAAAUCCACAAUCUGCCACAGGACUUUCUCGACAAGUUAUCGGAUGCUGGAACAAACGCUCUGAAGAGCAAGUACUUGGAGGCGGCAAAACUCGUGAAGGCACAGAAGACCGCUGUCGAAGCAGAAGAGCCCAAAUGUAAAGCCGACGCCGAGAAAGCAAAGGCAGCAUUAAAAGAGAUGCAUGAUGAAUUCAUCCAGACUCAGUGUGCGCCGUGCAUACAGGAAAAGUGUUCUGCAUUCACUAAGCAAUGUG